CCUUUCCCGGCGCGGCAAGCGUUGCUGCCCGGACUGAGGGAGUCGGCGCCGCCGCCGCUGGUUCGUGCCACUGAGACGCCUUGCUCAGCCCCGUGUCUCUGGGCUGCAGGAGAUGGUGGAUCCCAAGGGUGACGUGACAGUUUGAAUAUGGCAGCCAUGGAACACAGCUGUGGUGAACAGGGGCUAGCAUGUUCCUCACCGGGGUUAUCCCUCCGAGGACUAAAUGACUCUGAUGAGCUGAGCAAAUCCUAUCCUUGGACCAACAAGAGCAGGAAAAGCCGGCUUUCUAAACUUUGCCGGAGUAAACCAUCUUUGUCUGGGAAUGGGUGGAGUUCUUAUUGUUUGUCUUCACUGGCUGCUCACAACAUUAGUACCAGCAAACUUAGUAACUCUUGGGUUCAACUGGAAUCAGACUCCCUGUCCAGUUCAUUUAGUAGCACUUCUUAUUCCUUCUUGAAUGCCCUGACCGUAGAGGAGUCUGCCCAGUCCUUCCUGACUGCUGUACGCAACCCAAACAAAGCUAUAUUCACUGUGGAUAUCAGAACAACAGAGAUUCGGGUUGCCAAUGACAAAGCCUGCAAGCUCCUUGGGUAUAGUAGUCAUGAGCUGAUUGGCCAGAGGUUGUCCCACUUGAUAUCAAAAUCUAAGGGUGUAGUAGAGACCCUGGGAGAGGAGUACUUGGAGGCUGAUGGAUGUGCAGCUCGGGUUUCUGGGACAGUGGUGGAUGUUAUAGACUGUAGGAAUGAAAAGAUCCCUGUCUCAGUUUGGAUGAGAAGAAUGAGAAGCAAGGAUAAUCAAUGCUGCAUGGUUGUGCUGGAACCAGUGGAAAGACUCUCUGCCUCUGUUUUCUUCAGAAGCAAUGGAGAGAUUACAUCAUGUGACCUUCUUUUUACUCAUCUCCAUGGUUACACAUCAUUGGAAGAAGUAGUUGGGCUCUACAUUACAGAUCUGAUUCCCUCUGUGCAAAUCCCUCCUCCUGGCAAGAAAAUUCCAAAGAAUCUCAAGAUCCAGAGGUCUGUAGGCCGAGCCAGAGAGGGCACAACGUUUCCCCUCAGUUUAAAGCUGAAAGCUACCUUUCCUGAUGAGGACAAAGCCCCAGAGCUAAAGGAUGGAGUCCUACAAGAGGGCAACACAGGACCUUCCAAGGACUAUUCUUACUGUGCUACAGUCUGGGUUUUCACCACCAUCAGUGGGCUUAUCCUGCUCCAACCAGAUGGCACCAUCCAUGGCAUCAACAGCAGUUUUGCUUUAAUGCUGUUUGGUUAUGAGAAAAAAGAGCUGCUGGGAAAGAACAUCACAUUCCUGAUCCCUGGUUUCUAUAACAACAUGGGGAAACCUGAUGACCACCAUCUGCCCCUGCCCUCUCUUGAUGACUGCACAGAGACAGAAAAUGGAAGUAUCUCUGGAGAUAUUAAAGGAGACUGUCCAGCAGACAGCAAUGAAGAUGCAGUCCUGCUGCAAGAGGAGGAACCAAAGCUAGCAGCAAGUCAGGGAGAAGACUUCUUUCCAAGGGCAGAGACCCAGCUACAGAGUGGGAGUCACCUGGCAUCUACUGUCUCAUCCCAUGCAGUAGCAUCCACAACUUUUAAUGGUGUGAACUACAUUGAUGCUGAUGGCUUGCCAGCCCAUGACAAACUGUCUUUGCUUGACAGCCAAUAUGACAGAGUCUUCAGUGCAAACAAAACUGCAGAAUUUAAUAACUUGAACCAGAUCCUUUCUGCAGCAGACUCUUCUAAACCAUCUGUUUCAGAGCAAUCUGUUAUAGGUCCAGGCAUACAAGUCCACUUGAGAGACGAUGCAUGUCUGGUACCACCUGAGACACUGAAGGUGAAUGUCAAUGGUGCCAGUAGCUUGUCUGGCUUGUUACAAGAUGGGCAUCCAGAUCUGAACAGUCAACAGAGCUUUGUAUCACCAUGUGAAAUUACAGAGUGUCAGCAUUCUACUGAAUCUCCAGGAAUGGCUACUUCAGCUGCUGCUGCUUCAAUUCCUGUUCCCUGCACUUUAAAAGACCAUCUAGGAACCAAUACCACUUUGAUUGGACCUUCUGACAUUACUUGUCUCUCCUUUGGGACACCAACAUUGGAUGAAACUUGGCUUGGAGCAAAAACUGACUGCAAACGAGACAUGCAAGCCCAUGUGUCAAAUACAAACUUAGAGUCUGUUUUUAAAAACUCCAGCUCUGAGUAUGUUACAGUAGAAACCUGUAUGCUAAAUGCAACUUCAUUCUUCCCACAAGGUGGAAAGAAGAAUUCUUAUAAUAUGUGUUCAGGAAGUCUAACAGUUUGUGAUGCCACUGUGUCAGCAGUUGCUACUAAGGACAAAGAAAAUGAAGAACUCGCCACUGAACUGAAUUGUGUUUGUUCUGGCCUUGGAGAACUAAAUCUGAAUAUUAAUGCAGGGCUGCCAUCAGCCAAUGGUUCAAGUGCUGCUUUGGAUCUUGUGAAGAAAGCCUUGUCCUAUGCAGUGGACUGUGGUUUAAAUGUGAACAGCAUCCAAGCUCAGAAGAACAGUGCCUCUUCAAGUGAACAGGGAGAACAGCUGUUAAGUGGUGUUUCCUCCACUGGUGGCCAGUGUUGGCAGAACUCCAGUAGACAUUUAGAAAAUGCUCAGAAAGAAUCCUUUAAUGUCUCUACUACAGGGUCUGAAACCUCUGCAGAGAACAUGAGGGAUCAUCUAAGCACGAGCCCACUAAAUGCGGAUGUGAAUUCCCGAGAAGAACAUCCAAUGUUAGGGCAGCAGAACUUAAAGACACAAGUAACGUCCACCCCCGUGAAACAAGAAGGCAUGCUGUCCCCAGCAGCACCUCUUCUGACUGAGAUCCUGGAAGGCAGCUAUGCUGGGAACUGCUAUCACAGGGAUAGUUCUCGACUGAGCAUACUCUUUGAAGUGAAGCGUGUGGAACUGCAGGACCCUGCUACACUCAUUUGCGUCUGGGUGGUGAAAGACCUUCUUCAGAGCCAAAAAGAAGCAGCAGCAAAGACUCAGCUUUUGCUCUCCAGUCUAACCAGUUCUGCCCAGUCUGUAGCAGAUCUGUCUGCAUUCAGUCUGGGAGAAGUGAUCAGAACAACACCGUUGUUUGAGAACUCCCGAAGAGCUGAAGAGCUGGAAAGACUGAGGGCUUGCGAGGGAGAGUAUGCAAAAAAAUAUGAUACAGUUAAUCUCAUUGGCAAAGGAGCUUUUGGCUUUGUCUGGACUGCGAGGUGCAAGAAUAAGGAUGAGGAGGUUGUUGUGAAGUUCAUUUGGAAAGAGAAGGUGUUGGAAGACUGCUGGGUAGAAGAUCCUGAGCUGGGGAAAGUUACUCAGGAGAUUGCAGUCCUAAAAAGGCUGCAGCACCCCAACAUUAUUAAGGUGCUGGACGUCUUAGAAAAUGGAUCUUUUUUCCAAUUAGUGAUGGAGAAACAUGGAUCAGGUCUGGAUCUCUUUACAUUCAUUGACAAUCAACCGAACUUGGAUGAGCCUUUGGUCAGUUAUAUAUUCAGACAGCUGGUGUCAGCUGUGGGUUAUCUCCACUGCAGAAAUAUCAUCCACAGGGAUAUCAAAGAUGAGAACGUAAUCAUUGCAGAAGACUUCUCGAUCAAACUGAUUGACUUUGGCUCAGCUGCUUAUCUGGAACCUGGCAAACUCUUCUACACGUUCUGUGGAACAAUUGAGUACUGCUCACCAGAAGUGCUUUCUGGCAAUCCUUACGAGGGACCAGAGUUGGAGAUGUGGUCGCUUGGAGUCACCCUUUACACCCUAGUGUUUGGAGAGAAUCCCUUCUGUGAAUUGGAGGAGACCAUGGAGGCUGUAUUAAAUCCUCCUUGCCCUGUAUCGGAAGAUCUGAUAAAUCUGAUCUCUGGACUCUUACAUCCUGUUUUGGAACAGCGCACAACUCUUGAAAAACUGAUAGAGGAUCCUUGGUUGAAGCAGCCUGUAAACUUGGCUAAUUACACCUGGGAAGAGGUAUAUGUCUUUAGUAAGCCAGAAAGCAGCAAUGUCAGAAAUGGUUCUUCUGAGCACAGUCACAGAGAUGGCCCAACAGCUCCUGGUCUGGGGAGUGAGCAGAAUUUGAGUGGGUGUGAAAAUGAACUCACAGAUCUCCAGCUGGAAGGAACAUUCACUACUCUGGAGCAAGAGCUGUUUAUCUCUCUUCAGUGUUGGGACUAGUGCAUUGAGGAUACUACAAAAUCUGCUCUUUGCAGUAGAAAUCUCCCUACUCUCUUCCCAGUAAGCUGAUGGAAGCAUCAUUUUAAAGCACUUAGUGAUAGAGGUUUAUCAUCUCCUGGCCAGUGAAAAAUAUUUUUAAUGUUAUAACAUUGAUUCCAUGGUUUUACUGUCAUAGUGCCCUAGAAGGUCAAACAAUCUCACCCUAAAAGUCAGUUUUAAGAUAGUCUCCUCUCUUGCUAGCUUUAUCCAUUCCUUGAAACCAUCAGCACUUCCUAUGAGAAGGUACAGUCUGGCCAGCUUGCCUGCAAGGAGUAAAUACUAUCCAUGAAGCUAAUUCAACUACAAGUUUAUCAGAUAGUCCUCACUGGCCUUAGGAUUUGUCUUAGACAGGGCAGUUGAUGGCUUUAAUUCCUAAUACAAAGAUAAAACCUAUGGCAGUAGACUCUCAUGUGCAUGCUCCAAGGCAUACUGUUUCUGGCAUGGGCCAGACCUCCCCUGCUUAGAAACAACUAGAUAGGAAUAUUGAGUUUGGAGGCAGAAUCAUCUGCAGCAUAAGCUACUUCAGAACAUGCACUGUUAGGAACUGGGACUGACUGAAAUCCUAUUAAGAUGAAAUAACCUUGGCACAUGGGAGGCUCAAGAGCCUUUUUUUUUUUUGGUUGUUUAACUGGUCUGAGGCUCUCUGUGAAUAGAGAGAACUUGUGCUUCUGUAUGAGUCUUGAUUAGUUGUUGGUCCCAAUAUCUUUAAUGGUACUGGGAAGCUAAGAGCUGUUUUCUUAAAGUGAUUGGUUUCUGACAGAACUAGUAAUGAAAGAAGCCUACAGAAAAAGCCCUGGUGGAAUCUGUUGAUUUCCUUUUGUUUCUUAGUUCAAAAGUACUUUGUGUGGAUUCUGUUGCAUUUCUGUUUUAUGGAAAUGCUGGAAGAUCCUGAGUGUGUUAGAGUUACUUAUGCAAAAAAGAUGGAGAUGUUGGCAAACCUUUACACUUACAUUGGCUCAUGAUUUUUUAUUUUAUCUCCAGGAUUUCAGAAAUGCAUGUUUUGCUUUUUCAGGUGAUCCUUGCUACAGUACAACCUAGAUUCAGUAUGUUCUGUAAUUCUUUGUAAAUAAGGUGGUAGGCACAUCUUCAGAAAAAGGCUCGUAUGUGUUGAUAUGGGUAUAGAUAGCUACUUGGGACACUAGGACCUCAGUAAUACAUUUUUCUUGGUUUAAUCCUGUAAUAAUUAAUAUAUAUAUAAGUCCAUGGAAACUACCACUCUUGUGUGGAGCAACUUUCUCAAUUCUGGCUGUGCUGUUUGGGUUCAGCCCCUUAUGUAUCCUCAAAGGAACUGUCAGUCUGCAGGGAAUACUUUGAAGAUUUGCUUUAGCAUGAUGUGCAUGCAUGUUGAGGAGGUGCGGAAACUGGAAAUACAAGCCAGGGCUGUAAUGGGACUUCGCCAUCUAACUCCUUGCAGAAUAAGCACUGUUGCAGUUUUGUGUGAGCGCUGGCUUGCUAAGAGUACUAACAAAAACUGUCCUCACAGAAGCCUGGUGCUUCAGGGGAUUGGUAUAAGAAGUAUGAAGGGUUAUGGUGUGUGCAGUUGGGCUUGGAUCAUCUUUUUGCAGGGUGUCUUUGCUGCAAAUGCACCUAACAUGUUUCUUGAGGAAAACUCUAUACCAAUGUGUGUUUUGUAAUUGUAUUAUAUAGUUCAUAGUUUAAAACUCAGAGUGAAGGAUUUCUAAUGCGCGUUCAAAUGUUUGCAAUGCAGAGUAUAUUUUUAUUUGUUUUUUUUAAUCCAACUAGUGCUGUAAAGGUGAACAGAAUAAACAUUUUAGUUUCUAAA